AUGGAGGCUCCGAAGACGACGCGGCGCGUGGCUUCUUCGUCCCGCACAGACUCAAUUUCUAGUGCGCGUAUGCUAGAAGCGCAGCAGAAAUUUCAAAGUGUGGUAAAGCAGGAGCUGCAGCUGCUUCUAGUAAGCGGCACGAAGCGUGAGGAAGCUGUAAAGCUGCUUUUGCGACGUAUCGUAGCCAGCACGGAGCCACCCGACGCUGUAGCUGUUCGUAGCGUCAUGCGUCAGUUUCAAAUGAAUCAUGACGAUGCUGUACGCGCACUUAUUGUGAAGCAAGAAUUGGGACGACUUAAACGUCAGGGACUUGAUUCGUUCGCAGCUAUCGAAGAGCUAACGCGAAAGAUGAAAAGUCACGAGAUAGAAGAAGCUGGCAAUGAGGAUAAAUGUGAGAAAGUACUUAAUGCCAAAACGAUAGAAACAAUGGAAAAGAAGACCAUAUUGACAGCACGCGAAGCCAUGCACGCACCUGAGAUUUGUUCGUUGACAGAGGAAACGGACAGUAGUGAGACGUCCAUGUCACUCAUUCAACGUAUUGGUCAAGUAUCGAUAUCGUCCAAUAGUACGCCUUUGAAACGUGAGAUUUGUGAUGAAGGACAGGACUUUGAUGAAGUCACACAUGGAGAAGAGAACGACGACAGCAACCAGAUAUUAGACAAUUCGGACAGCAAUCAGACACUGUACAAGUCCCCAUCGCAGGUUAAAAGUUCCAACAACACGAAUUUUGCUGAUCAUACGCCACAGUCGCGUAAACGACGUGCUUUUGGAAGUGAUAUCGAAGCCGUUUCGAACAACAGUACACGAUGCGUAAAGCCUUUGUUCUCGAGUUUGAAAAAACAAAAGUUGUGUGCAAAAGUCGGCGAUGAAUAUUUUGAGGUUGUCCAUAGUAAGCCCAAUCAAAAGCCGUUUGAUUUAUUCAAAAAUACAGCAGCAGGUCCGUCCGAGGCAUCGCUAAGUGGUGGCAGGGAAGGUGGCCGUUCGCGUGGAGAUCACAUGGUAAAGGGCCUUCACAAGCGGCAACGUGUGAGCUCACCCGGCAUACAGGACAAAGAAGAAUUUCCUGUCGCAGAAGAACUUUGUGCUCAUCAUCGACAUCAGGGGCAUCACCUCAGUAAGCGCCGCAAAAGCAGUAACACAUGUUAG